CUGCUUAUGUUGAUUCGUUCCGUGUUUUAAACCACCACACUAGCUUUUAUGUGUGCUGGAGAUUUAAAUAACUCGAGCAGAAGACAUAUCGUUCAUCUUUAUCCGUGUCCAGUAUGAGAGGUGCAGAAAAUCGACGCUUUGUUUAGCGUAGAGAAUGUUUUAUAGCGGUUAUAAUGUCACGAGCGAUUCUGUGAGGAACGUCGUUUUCAUUCGGUGACGUCACGCGGAACUCUGUCAGCAUGACCCUGGCGUUGACCCCUGCGUCCGUGUGCCAGUGCUUCACUCUGGUGUCGCUGUGCACGUCCAUCGCAGACCCAAACUGGAUCCAGGUCCAGAACUCCUCCGAUCCCGACAGCAAACUCAUCUACGGCGUGGCCUUCACGAUGCACGCGUACCAGAACCGCACGGACACAGGUCCGUUGGGUGGUUUGCACGGAUGGGGAAUGGGGCUCCUGUAUUCGCUGGCCGCUCUCUGUUACUGCGCCGUCUUGUUUUCAAGCUCCUCAUUCCUGAUGGAUUUCCUUGGAGCAUCUGUCAAUCAAUCCAAGCUGGUGACAUCACUGCACGUCUCCACAGCGGUCAGCUGUGUGUCGGUGCUGGGUGUGUGUGUGGCGUGCAUGUGUGUGAUCAAACACAACCUGCAGCGAGGGAACCCCGGAUCUCAGCCGAACCGCAGCCUGAUCCCCGGGGAAAGCUUCUUCAUCCAGAUGUUGGGUUUGCUCUUCUCUCUCGCGGCGUGUGCUUUCGCCAUCAAGGCUCAGCCAGAACCCGUCAGGUCAUGUGACUACAUGAGCGUGGGCGGAGACGACAGUGAUACGGAGCCUCUGAUUGGUCAAACUGAGAGGGAGGAGUAAAGUCGCAUAGAGUUUAACCUCUUUAAAGUAAAGAGGUUCACUUGAUUUAUGCACUUUAUUUCUUAUGACGGGAAACAAACGCGAUCGGACAAACACAUGCAAAAUUUGGCGUUUAUGCAAUUCAGGGAGAAUUUGAGUUGAAUUGGUCACACAGGAUGUAGAAUUGGAAUGACAGGAAGUAUUUAUUU